AUGGCUUUACUUACAGCUCCGAAAGGGCUUUCGGCAGACCCACCCGGCAGCCGGUCUUAUUUGCGGGGCUCUGGAACCGUCACUCCGGAUUUCCGAAAAGGGGAGUUGAAGAAGAUGAAGAAAAUGAUGAAAAAGAGGAAGGAGGAGAAAAAGAGAGAAAGCCUCUCGAAAGGUAUAAAGAAUUCAUCGCUCGUAGAUAGAGUGCCUGCGGAUCUGGCGAGAGUCGUGGUGAAUAUGCAGCAGUACUACGCGUCGGGGGUGGGCGAGCUGGCAGAGAAAUUAGGCAGUGUGGAGGAAGAGCUGAGGCGGGCGAAGGAGGAGAAUGUGAUGAUGAAGAAGAGGCUGGAUAUGCAUUUUGGGAUGUUGGGGCAGACGGCGGAGUUUAUGCAGAGGAUUAGUGAGGGGCUUGGAGGAGGGAUCAUGGGGGGCGAGGAGGUGGGAGGAAAAGAAGGAGAAGAAGAGCUGAAUCAGGGAUUUGGUGAAGAUGCAGAUGAUGGAGAUUUGGCAAUGGAUGGAGUGGAUAUGGAAGUGCCGCCGACGCCGGCGGAUGAUGACAGGUUGCCUAUGAGGAGUACGGGUCGGAUGGCGAGCAGUAGACGGAUGGUACGGGAGAAGAGUCCUCUUCAGAAAAGAAAGGGAAAAGAAGCGAAGAGGAGGACGGCUGCGAAAGUCUUGCCGAUUAGGGAGAAGAUGAUUCGUCCUCAAGACAAUGGGGAUGCUGAUGAGGUUGACGCCAACUUGGAAAGUCUGCGACUGGAACAGAGUCAUAAUGGACGCGAGGACAACGACAUUGCCGAUGGCGAGGAUGAUGCCAGGGUGUUAGAGGGAGCGCCUCGUUUGCAAGAGGCUAUUCGGCAAGAUGCCUUGCAGCGUGCUAUAAGUCGAGAUAUCAUGCGUCGAUCGCGCUUCACGCCGAUUAACCGUAUGCCAUCUCGCCAGAGCACGCCGUCAUCAGGCGAAGACAACUCUGAUUCGGAUGAGUACCGCCCUCCUUCUUCUCCAUCAGCAGCUUCAUGCUUCUCUUCGUUCUCAUCGUCGGAAACACCUCCUUCUCUUUACGAAGAAGAAAUCACCCCAUCCUCAUCAACUACCACCGACGCGAAACCAGCCUCCCCGCCAAACCCUCAACUCCCAACUCCCCCACCAACAGCAACAUUAUCAUCAUCAUUAUCAUCGUCACCCCGCCCUCGAUACCGCGAAUCAAGACACACCACAGAAGACCGGCACGCAUCCGGCCCCCCAGGCAAACCCUUCAAGUUCCACCGCAUGGGCCGCACCGUCCUCGACGUCUGGACCGAAUACAAAAUCGGCUCAAAGGGCAACCCGGCCAUUGAAGCGCUGGAGCGGCAGUACGGCACGGGGUGGCGCAAAGGCGGUACUGGUGGCAUUCAGGAUCUCAAGUACGCGAGCAACUAUGUUAGUGUGCGGCAAAAGGUGGUGCGCUAUGUGGAGGAGAUGUGCGAGAGGGAAGGGAUCAGUGAGAGGGAGGCGAUGAGGAGGUUGGAUGAGAGGGUGGAUGGGAGGAUGCAGAUGCUGAUUUCGGCGGUGAGGAAAGGACAGGAUCCGUUUGUGGUGAUUCCCAAGAGGUGA